CCGUUAAUAGCAUAAAAGUGUUUUAAUUUUUAUUGGCACGAACGGGCGAGUCAGUUGUGGAGCAGUUUUCGUUGCUGGAGGAUCGGCGUCGCGUGUUCGCCUCCUCGAUCCCAUAAAAAUCUGCUCCCCGAGAUCUUUGCUGUGAAGAGCCUGCGAUUUGUUUGAUCUUUCGCUCAGAAGAAAUAAUAAAAGUGUCUGUGCGGUCGUCCAGGAAGCGACGGAAAAGUGUGGAAACCGCCGUAAAAAUAACUCACGUCGUUUCCAUUCUAAAUUGUGCGUUGACAGCCGCAAGUGGCGCAAACAAGCCAACAACAAGGAGCUGUCACUCCCGCCGAGUAAUUCACUCAGCUCCACUUCUCCACUUCUAGAGCACGAGCGACGUCCUUGAAACAGAGCGGACGGACAGAUUUUGGAGUGAAGACCCGGCACCCCCUUUCCCCCUUCAUCGAACCCCCAAAAAAAACUCAGAAGACAACGUCAACAACAAAGACUACGAUGAAUUGGACGCGCGUGCUGCUAAUCGGGUUGACCGCCUUGGCGCUGACAUUUGUGGAGGUUGCAUCACUCUCACUCGAUCCAGUGGCCUCUGCCGAACUGGAACAGUUUAUAAGAAAGGGAGACGUGGUUAUUUCAACGCGUCACAUUAGACCCCGUCGAAAGCUGCACAUCUCCAUUGAGGCCCUGUUCAUGAUCGACUUCCCCAUGCUGAAGCACAAGAUGUCCUUCUUCCUGGACCGAAAGCAGCAGCGGGUCACCCUGGACAUCAGUGCGAAUGGAGCCACCGAGUCGCGGAACUUCGACAUCCCCAACAUCAAUGAGACGAGCACCAUCAGAUCGCUGGCCCUGCAGUUCUCCAAGAACCGCAUCACCCUCUUCGUGGACUGCAAACCGAGCACCCACCACGACAUCGAGAUGAGCCUGACCAAGCUGUACACCCAGAUGGACGACCCGGUGAUCAAGUUGUUCCGCGAGCGCAAGUACCCCCUCCACUUCGACGGGGACAUGGAGCACUCCCUGCAGCGCGCCAACUGCCAGAAGGGCAUCCACCGCCGUGGCAACCGCCGCAUGCUGCGCAACAAGAUCACCGAGCGUGAGAAGAACAAGAAGCGGGACGUACGCGGCUGGUACGAGCCGUCGACGAUCGCCCGGGAAACAGUGGUGGACCGCAGACACCAGGAGGUGCCAACGGACGUGGAGCGCGGCGAUAUUCCCGUGCUGAAUGGCGACUGCGAAGACGCCCUCGCAAGAUCGCUCAGCGAUUUACUGGCCCUGGUGAAGCUGCUCCGCGAAGACGUCGCCCACCAGCGCCAGGAGAUUGCCUACCUGCGGAUGCUCCUGGAGAACUGCGCCGGCUGCAAGAAUCCCCUCACCAGCGACAACCAGUUGCGCGUCGAGCCCGACUGUCGCUCCGCCAAUCCUUGCUAUCCCGGAGUGGAGUGCCUGGACUCGGCGGCCGGUCCCAGAUGUGGCCAUUGUCCCCUUGGCUUUAUUGGCGAUGGCAAGACCUGCAAGCCGGGCGUCACCUGCGCCCACCACAUCUGCUAUCCAGGCGUCCAGUGUCACGAUACCGUGAAUGGAGCCCAGUGUGACUCCUGUCCAGCUGGCUACGAAGGUGAUGGACGCACAUGUUCGCUCCGUAAUCCUUGCCUGGACACACCGUGCCCCUCAGGUGCCCAAUGUCUGCAGGUGGGUUAUCCACCUUAUUUCCACUGCAUCUCGUGCCCAAAGGGUCACGAGGUGAACGGCACCACCUGCCGGGAUCUGGACGAGUGUCUACUGUACGAUCCCUGCGACGACCUUACGACCUGCACCAAUCUUAAUCCUGGCUUCCAAUGUGGUCCGUGUCCUGUUGGAUUUGAUGGACUCCAUGCCCAUGGUUACUACGCGGACUACUACUCCGUGGAUUACCGCAAGCAGACAUGCUUGGACAUCGAUGAGUGCCGAACUGGGUUCUUCCGGUGCCCCAAUCACUCCACCUGCAUAAACGAAAUUGGCUCCUACAGAUGCCAGUGCCACGAGGGCUACGUGACGAACGGGACGUACAGCUGCCUGGACAGAUCCUCGGUGUCCGUGUGUCCGGACGGAACCGUCUGCGACCGGAAUGCGGUGUGCCUGCGGAUGGACAACCUGCGGCACCUGUGCACCUGCAACGUGGGAUGGGCUGGCAACGGGGUGAUGUGCGGAAGGGACUCCGACGUGGACGGGUGGCCGGACCUCCCCCUCCGCUGCCCGGAGCUGCACUGCCAGCGGGACAACUGCCCCAAGCUGCCGAACUCCGGACAGGAGGACGCGGAUCUGGAUGGACACGGCGAUGGGUGCGACGACGAUGCGGAUGGGGACAACGUGCAGAACAGCCAGGACAACUGCUGGCUGGCCUACAAUACGGAGCAAGUGGACUCGGAUGGCGACAAAGUGGGCGAUGUGUGCGAUAACUGCGUCCACAAGUACAAUCCCAGGCAGCUGGACACGGAUGGCGAUGGACUGGGGGACGAGUGCGACGGGGACAUCGACAACGACUCCAUUCCAAACGAGGUGGACAACUGCCCACUGCUGCCCAAUCCCAGCCAGUCGGAUGUGGACAACGAUGGCGUGGGCGACGGUUGCGACAACUGCCCGAACCUCCCGAAUCCCGACCAGAAGGAUCGCGACAUGGACUUCGUGGGCGAUGCCUGUCACAGGGACAUCGACGGAGAUGACGAUGGAGUUCCCAAUUCCCUGGACAACUGCCCGAUGGUCAGCAACUCCGACCAGCUGGACACGGAUGAGGAUGGAACGGGCGAUGAGUGCGACGACGACAUGGAUGGCGAUGGGAUUCCCAACUACAAGGACAACUGCCCGCUGGCCCACAACCCCAAGCAGGAGGACUUCAACAGGAAUGGGAAGGGUGACUCCUGCGAGGACGACGAGGAUGUGGAUGGAGUGCCCAACGCCUUGGACAACUGUCCCAACAACUCGAUGAUCCACCACACGGACUUUCGCACCCUGCAAACCAUUCCGUUGGAUCCCAAGGGACUUUCCCAGGCGGAUCCCAACUGGGUAGUCCAUGCCAACGGCACCGAGAUCGUCCAGACCCUAAACUCUGAUCCUGGCCUGGCGGUGGGCAAGGAUGCCUUCGGCGGAGUGGACUUCGAUGGCACCUUCUACAUCAACGACGACACGGAUGACGACUUCGCAGGGUUCGUCUUCAGCUACCAGAGCAGCUACAAGUACUACGUGGUGCAGUGGAAGAAGGGCACCCAGACCUACUGGGAGCCACGCCCCUUUACCGCCUCCUCGGCACCGGGCAUCCAGAUAAAGCUGGUGAACAGCACCGAGGGCCCGGGGCCCACAAUGCGGAACAGCUUGUGGCACGAGGGGAACACCGAUGGAGAGGCGAGGCUGCUGUGGAAGGAUCCCAAGAACAUCGCCUGGAAGGAAAGGACCUCCUACCGAUGGUCUUUGGUGCAUCGUCCGGCCAUUGGCCUCAUCCGCCUGCAAAUGUACGAGGGCAACCGCCUGAUCAUCGACUCGGGCAACGUGUACGAUUCCACGCUGAAGGGCGGACGUCUGGGCGUGUUCUGCUUCUCCCAGCGAAUGAUUAUAUGGUCCAAUCUGCAGUACAAGUGCAACAAUCGCCUGAAAGCACCAAUCUACGAUGAUCUGUCCGAUUAUCUCAAAACGAAGGUGGAGUUGCAGGACUGAGCCAGCGGAAGGCCCCUCCCCUCUUUGCCAUCCAUAUUAACCAAAUUAAUAUUAAUGCUACCACUUAGUUAAUAAAUGAGUUGUCAACCGA